CGUGAGGGCAAGGAUUGGCUGGCUCUGGGGGUUAGGGUGGUCCGGCUUCUACUGUCACGUGGUCAGCGCUGUUUUCUUAUCACGUGGCUGCUGCCCAGCAGAGGCUGCAUGAGGGGGGGGCGGGCUCCCGCAUUCCUGCUCGGCGGAGGGGUGAGUGACCGGCCCCGCCUCUUCCGGUCCUCGAAGCUUCGACCACCACCCGCAUCCCAAAUCCCAGAGGUUGGCCCGGGAGGAGGCCGCUCUGUUCCUGUCGCUUCUUUGGAUGCCGGCCCUGCUGCCUGUAGUCUCUCGCCUUCUGUUGCUACCCCGAGCCCUGCUGUCCAUGGCUUCAGGAAGCCCCCCGUCCCAGCCCUCGCCGGCCUCGGGCUCCGCCUACGCUGCCGGCUCGGUCUCUGCAGCCUUUGUCACCUGCCCCAACGAGAAGGUCGCCAAGGAGAUCGCCAGGGCUGUGGUGGAGAAGCACCUGGCAGCCUGCGUCAACCUCAUUCCUCAGAUUACAUCCAUCUAUGAGUGGAAAGGAAAGAUUGAGGAGGACAGUGAAGUGCUGAUGAUGAUUAAAACCCAAAGUUCCUUGGUUCCAGCUUUGACAGAUUUUGUUCGGUCUGUGCACCCUUACGAAGUGGCCGAGGUGAUUGCAUUGCCUGUGGAACAGGGGAACUCCCCGUACCUGCAUUGGGUGCGCCAGGUUACAGGGUCAGUUCCUGAGUCCGGCACAGCCCCACCGUGAUGAGCCUUUGUUUUUGCCACGUUCCCUUCAUAUACUUCAAUGCCCCCUGCCUUCCAGGUGAUGACUGGACUCUUAAUAAAGCUUUAGUUCUGUCA